ACGGCUGGGCAAGAGCAAGAGGAGACAGUGCCUCACCAUGGCAGCUGCCUUGGAGCAGUUCUGUGGCUCUGUUUUCUGGAACUCCUCUUUCCUGAAUCGCAAUGAUGCUGACCUGCCACUCUGCUUUGAGCAGACUGUUCUCGUCUGGGUCCCUCUGGGCUUUGUCUGGCUCUUUGGUCCAUGGCAGGUUCUUCCUAUGUGCAGAUCUAGGAUGAAGAAAUCAUCAGUCACUCACAUUUACUUCAUUAAGCAGGCACUGACUGUGCUGCUCUUACUGAUAGCACUAACUGAGCUGAUCUUCACCACUGUCCAAGGCGUAGGGCAACAGUCAACCCCUGCGGUCCAGUACACAAAUCCUGUACUCUAUCUCAUCACCUGGGUACUUGUUUUGCUUAUCCAUGACAGCCGUCGCUUUGCCACAUGCAGGGACUCAUGGACUCUCUUCUUCUUCUUCAUCCUUUCUCUGCUCUGCGGCUUGUUUCAGCUGCAGACAUUGAUCCGGCAAGCAGUGCAGGGUGUCCUCUCUGACGUGCCACGUUUCUGCCUCUUCCUUCUGUCCUAUGGGAUUCAACUCCUCUUGAUGGUCAUCUCUGUUGUUUCUGACAUUGCCCCUGAAAUGAAGGAAGCUGCAAAGAAGAACCCAGAGAUCACAGCCUCUUUCCUGAGCUUCAUCACCUUCCACUGGUACAACAGGAUGUUGCUAAAAGGCUAUAAGAAGCCGCUGGAAAUGGAUGACCUCUGGGACUUGAAUGAUGCAGACAAGGCAAAUGUAGUUUUUGGCACAUUUGAGAAGAACAUGCAAACUGGCAUCAAAAAGGCCCAGCGGGAACUCGAGAUCCGGCAUCGCAAGAAGAGACAUCGGUCACCAAUUACUGACCACAGGAAUGGCUUAAGCAAGGCCCAGAGUCAAGAUGCGCUGGUUCUGGAAGAAAAAGACCAAAAGCAGAAGGGAAAGGGGGGCAAACGAGACUUCAGAGGUGACUACACGAAGCACUGGCUGAUCAUUGCUCUGAUGCGAACCUUUGCUGGGAACCUUAUGAAAGCAGUGGCUUUGAAAUUGGUGCAUGACCUGCUGGUGUUUGUGAGCCCACAGUUGCUGAAGCUGAUGAUCACCUUUGUGUCGGAUCAAGAGGCCUACAUCUGGCAUGGCUACCUCUAUGCAGUGCUGCUGUUUGUGACUGCCUUAGUGCAGUCUAUCUGUCUGCAGCAGUAUUUCCAACUCUGUUUCAAGCUGGGCAUGAGUGUACGCACCUCACUGAUGGCUGCCAUCUAUAAGAAGGCUCUCACAGUAUCCAAUGCCACCCGCAAGCAAUUUACUGUUGGUGAGACAGUGAACCUGAUGUCUGCCGAUGCCCAGCGCUUCAUGGACUUUACAAACUUUGUGCACCAGCUGUGGUCAUCUCCACUGCAGAUUGCACUGUCUAUUGUGUUCCUGUGGGAAGAACUGGGCCCUUCUAUGCUUGCUGGGAUUGGAGUCAUGGUGCUGCUUCUCCCCAUCAAUGCGGUGUUGGUCACCAAGGCCCGGGCCAUCCAGAUGAAGAACAUGACGAACAAGGAUGAGCGUAUGAAAAUAAUGAAUGAAAUACUCAGUGGCAUCAAGAUCUUGAAGCUGUUUGCCUGGGAGCCAUCGUUUGAGCAGCGAAUUGGACGGAUCCGGACACGAGAGCUGAAGGGGCUGCUGAAUUUUUCUUACCUGCAAGCGAUUUCCAUCUUUCUCUUCACCUGUGCUCCUGUCCUGGUCUCUGUGGCAACAUUUGCUGUGUAUGUAAUGGUGGAUGAGUCUCAUGUCUUAGAUGCACAGAAGGCCUUCACCUCUAUCUCUCUCUUUAAUGUGCUGCGCUUCCCCCUCACCAUGCUGCCACUGGUGCUGUCCUCCCUGGUUCAGGUCAACGUAUCUACAGAGCGGCUUGAACAGUACCUGGGCAGUGAUGACCUGGACACCUCUGCUGUAUGGCAUGACCCCAACCCUGGCUGUGCUGUGUAUUUCUCUGACUCUUCCUUUGCCUGGGAACGGAACUCUGAUGCCACCAUUAGAGACAUAACCCUGAAAAUUCCACAUGGGUGCUUGGUGGCCAUAGUGGGCCCCGUGGGAUCCGGAAAAUCCUCUUUGUUAUCAGCCAUAUUGGGUGAGAUGGAGAACAUCAAGGGGCAUAUCAAUAUUCAGGGCUCUGUGGCAUAUGUGCCUCAGCAAGCAUGGAUUCAAAAUGCCACGCUGAAGGAUAACAUCCUUUUUGGGUCACCCCUUGAUGAAGUCCGCUACCAAGAGGUGUUAAAGGCAUGUGCCCUCCUUCCAGACCUGCAGCUGCUUCCAGGAGGAGACCUCACAGAGAUUGGGGAGAAGGGCAUUAACCUAAGUGGAGGCCAGAAACAACGUGUUAGCUUGGCUAGAGCUGUAUACAACAAUGCAGAUGUCUACCUGCUGGAUGAUCCCCUCUCAGCUGUGGAUUCACAUGUAGGACGACACAUUUUUGACAAAGUACUGGGACCAGAUGGGCUGCUGCAGCAUAAAACACGGAUCCUAGUGACCCACAGCCUGAAUUUCUUGGCACAAGUUGAUGACAUUGUGAUGCUGGUGGCUGGAGCUGUGUCAGAACAGGGUUCUUAUAGCACGUUACUGGCUAAUGGUGGGGAAUUUGCUCAGUUACUCAGCACAUAUGGGAACCAGCAAGAGAACAUGCCUGAAGAGGAAGCCAUAGUGGGGAUAGGUGAGGAGCUGGAACUAGAUGGAGACCCUGAGCCUGGAGCUGAAGAGAUGCCAGCUGAUGUGGUGACCAUGACCCAGAAGAGCGAAGCCAGUAUCCAGCAGAAAAACUUCACCCGCAGCCUUAGCACCAGCAGCAACAUGUCCCUUGUCAGGGCCAGUCAAAGAAAACUGCAGAGGUUGAAGUCCAUGGAGGAAGUGAAGGGACAGCGGCUGAUUGAAAAGGAGGCUGUGGAAACUGGCAAGGUGAAGUUCUCUGUGUAUCUGCAGUAUUUGCAGGCUGUGGGCUGGGGAUUCUCAACACUGGUCUUCAUCGCCUACAUAGGGCAAUACGUAGCCUCAGUUGGUUCCAGCCUGUGGCUCAGUGACUGGACAGAUGAUGCUCUAAACCUGACCGAGACUUACUCAGCCGCCCAACGUGACAUGCGUGUUGGAGUCUUUGGGGCACUCGGUGUGGGCCAAGCUAUCUUUCUACUGGCCGGAUCCUUUCUUGCUGCCCGUGGUGCUGUUCAGGCCUCUGGCACCCUGCACCAGGAGCUGCUCAGUAACAUCCUCCGAGCGCCCAUGAGUUUCUUUGACACAACGCCAACAGGCCGCAUUGUGAAUAGGUUUGCCAAGGACAUUUUCACAGUGGAUGAGACCAUUCCGAUGUCAUUCCGCAGCUGGCUGAGCUGCUUUUUGGGAAUUCUCAGUACCUUGCUGCUAAUCUGCCUGGCUACACCUUACUUUGCAAUUGUCAUUCUGCCACUGGGUAUCCUCUACUACUUUGUUCAACAAUUCUAUGUGGCCACAUCUCGCCAGCUGCGGCGCCUGGACUCGGUCACCCGGUCUCCCAUCUAUUCCCACUUUGGUGAGACGGUGUCAGGUCUCUCUGUUAUCCGGGCCUACAGGCACCAAGAACGCUUCCUGCUGCACAAUGAGAAAAUUGUGGACUUUAAUCAGAAGUGUGUAUACUCUUCAAUUGUAUCCAACAGGUGGUUGGCUGUACGCCUUGAAUUAGUGGGGAAUCUGGUGGUUUUCUUUUCAGCACUGCUAGCUGUCUUCGCCAGAGGUUCUUCGACAAGCGGCAUUGUGGGACUCUCCAUCUCCUCAGCUCUCAACGUGACCCAGACACUGAACUGGUUGGUACGGAUGACAUCAGAGCUGGAGACCAAUAUUGUGGCUGUAGAACGAGUGCAUGAAUAUACACAGGUGGCAAAUGAGGCGCCAUGGGUGACAGCACAGAGACCACCUCCCAACUGGCCCAGUAAAGGGGAGAUCUGUAUCAAGGACUACCGGGUGCGUUAUCGACCUGAGCUAGAGCUGGUUCUUGAUGGGAUCAACUGUGAUAUCAAGACCACUGAGAAGGUUGGUGUUGUGGGCCGCACAGGAGCUGGGAAAUCCUCUCUCACUAAUUGCCUCUUUCGCAUCUUGGAAGCAGCUGGGGGAAAGAUCCUGAUUGAUGGGCUCGAUAUAGCCACCCUUGGCCUACAUGACCUGCGCCGGAACCUCACCAUCAUCCCGCAGGAUCCCAUUCUCUUUUCGGGGACCUUGCGCAUGAAUUUGGACCCAUUUGACCAGUACUCAGAUGAGGAAGUGUGGCGUGCUCUGGAGUUAGCGCACCUGAAGUCUUAUGUGCAUGACCUACCUGAGAGACUGUUACAUUUAGUGAGUGAAGCUGGAGAGAACUUAAGUGUGGGACAGAGACAACUUCUCUGUCUGGCCCGAGCCCUCCUCCGUAAAUCCAAAAUUCUGAUUCUGGAUGAGGCCACAGCAGCUGUUGACAUGGAAACAGAUCACUUGAUCCAAGAGACCAUCCGCAGCGAGUUUGCUAGUUGCACUGUGCUCACCAUUGCUCAUCGGCUACACACCAUCAUGGACAGCCACAGGGUGAUGGUGCUUCAGGCUGGGAAGAUUGUGGAGUUCAACAGCCCUGAGCAGCUGCUUCAAGAAGAUGGCAUCUUUGCUGACAUGGCAAAGGAUGCUGGUAUUGUUGGAAUCCAGAACACUGUCCUAUAUGAGACAAAGGCAGCCAGAUCGAGGCUGGGCUAACCAUAUUUCAGGACUGUUGUGGCUGUCCAAGGGCCAGCCUUUGCUUCUUUGUAAUAAUAUAUCUUAUCCAUUA